GAAGCUUGCCGCCGAUGGUAGAUGGACUUGCCCCGAAUGAGGCAGCCUUAGUGUGUAGAGUUUCCGAUAGCGGCGCGAAGCUGCUUGUAGACCGAUCGUAGACCCUCUUAGUUUUGCAAAAUGUGGAGCAACGAAAGAUCGCAUGCGAAUGGCGGUGGCAGCGGGGGGUCUCCGGGCAAUAACAAAACCCUCGGUAUGACCUCAGCCAUCAGCACUGCGGAACCGAAACCGGAAGAUUUACAAAAGACAAAGGAACUGCAAAAGUCGCUAGAACCGUAUAAUGUGUUCGAGGCCGAGUCGGAGCUGAACCAUCGUAUGGAGAUUCUGGCCAAACUUAAUACACUGGUCAAACAGUGGGUGCGCGAUGUGUCGAUCGCCAAGAACAUGCCGGAAGCGAUGGCCGAAAAGCUGGGGGGCAAAAUCUACACCUUCGGCUCGUACCGUCUCGGUGUGCACCACAAGGGCGCCGAUAUCGAUGCCCUGUGCGUGGCUCCGCGCAACAUUGACCGGUCCGAUUACUUUGGAUCGUUCUUUGAACUUCUCAAACAGCAACCGGAGGUGACGGAGUGCCGGGCUGUCGAGGAAGCGUUUGUACCUGUCGUAAAGAUGAACUUUGAUGGUAUCGAAAUCGAUUUGCUGUUCGCUCGGUUGGCCCUGAAAGAGAUUCCCGAUAAUUUCGAUCUGCGGGACGACAUGCUGCUGAAAAAUCUCGACCAAAAGUCCGUCCGCAGUCUGAACGGUUGUCGAGUGACGGAUGAAAUUCUUCGGCUCGUACCAAACAUUGACAACUUUCGUCUCGCGCUGCGAACGAUAAAACUGUGGGCGAAACGGCACGGUAUCUACUCGAACUCUCUAGGAUACUUUGGAGGCGUCUCGUGGGCCAUGCUGGUGGCUCGGACAUGCCAGCUCUACCCGAACGCGGUCGCUGCCACGCUGGUGCACAAGUUCUUCUUGGUGUUUUCCCGCUGGAAGUGGCCUCAGCCCGUGCUACUCAAGCAGCCGGAUAAUGUAAAUCUUGGCUUUCAGGUUUGGGAUCCACGAGUAAACGUGCAGGAUCGGUUUCACCUAAUGCCGAUCAUUACGCCGGCGUAUCCGCAACAAAACUCUACGUUCAACGUAUCCAGCUCGACGCGAAAAGUGAUGCUGAUGGAGUUUACGCGAGGAAUGCAGAUUACCGACGACAUCAUGAUGGGCAAACAGAUGUGGGAGAAGCUGUUCGAAGCUCCAAGUUUCUUCUACAGGUAUCGGCAUUUUAUUGUAUUAUUAGUGACCUCAAGUAACGCGGACGAUCAUCUGGAAUGGUGCGGUUUGGUUGAGUCAAAAAUACGCUACCUUAUAUUGAACCUCGAGCGUAAUCAACACAUCAAUCUGGCGCACGUGAAUCCAAAGUGCUACGAGCAGCACGAGCAGAACUCUGCCACAACAUUGAACGGUGCAGCGGAACGAAAACCGCCUUCCGCUUUCUGUUCGCUCUGGUUCAUCGGACUCGAGUUUGAGCGCACCGAAAAUCUUAAUGUCGACCUCACGGAAAGCAUACAAAGCUUCACAGAUUCCGUGCACAAGCACGCAGUGCACAUUAAACUACUGAAAGACGGAAUGAAAAUCGAAGCACGACACGUACGGCGAAAGCAACUGUCCCAAUACCUUGACCCCAAUCUGUUGAAGCGCGAGCGUAAGAUCUCCGACAGUUACACCACCGCCAGCAGUGGUAGCGGUGCAACCAACAAUGGUUCGGCGUCACCUGCAUCCGGCAAUGGUGGCGGAUCGACGAGCGGCCACAGUUCACGGAAGCGAAAGUCGUCCGAAAAUUUGUCCAACUCAACGAGCGGUCUGGUGGCCAGCUGCAGUAGUAGUCCCGUCGCCGGAACGGGCUCGAAUGGCAGUGCGGGAAGUGCAACGAAAAAGCGGCGAAACGAUUCCUUCGAUGGAGCCUCCAACAGCAGUUUCGAUCGAUCCCAGAACGAUCACUCGCCACCGGUUACGCAAACGCAGGACGAAGAGAUGGCAGCGUCUCCACCGUCACCGGCGGGCGAUCGCAACAGUCCGGAUUGCGAGCCGGCGUUCGAGUCAGAGGUCGCAACAAUUCCUCCGUCCAACAGUGGCACCUUGAUCGAUGAGGACAGUUCAUGCGAACCAACGAAGGCCGAUCACGCGACUGGCAACGGUAAUGGCGCAGAUAAUCGAAGCAGCAGCAGCAAUGGAGCCAACCCACCGGCAGCUUCUUCAGCCACCGAGGUGGUCUGCUCUUGACUGAUUCAACGACGUUCCAAGACGUUCCACGCGAACGAUCUACUUGUGAGUUCAUCGAUUGCCGAUGAUGCUCACCCGAUGAUGAGUGAUGUGGUGGGUGAUGAGUUUAAAAGUAGUGUCAGUAGUAGUGUUACCGUUGUUGAUGCUGCCGGUGGUGCUGGUACCGGUGCUGCUGUUGCUGCUCCCGUUGUCGUUUCAGUCGUGGAGCGGCUGUAGUUGUUAAUAAUGAACGUUGGGCGUGCUGCAAAUCCUGUGAAACACUUUACGAAGCUGGAUCACAAACCGAUCAAUGUGCAGCGAAGUUAAAAAGAAGAUCACGAUGCAGAGAAUCAGCUAUCGUUAUCGUUUAUUUCGAAGCAAUGAGGUCAAACAUUGCUCGACAGUGAGUUCGAAGGAGGACUGCAUCAACGCCAGUUCUUUUUUAUCGCAAGUGUGCUCCAGAUAAUUGAAAUGUUUCGUGAAGUUCGACUGCUCUUUUAGCUCGCCGAUGGCGGCGGUGCACGGCGUAAGGUAAGAUACGAUUUCCUUCUUCCAAGCUGCCGACGAUAAAGGUGAAGUCAAAAUAAGGACCCAUGGAUGCGUUACACCUACCAUGCGCAGGAAGACGGAGGUGAUUUAUUUUCUUCUUAAAUUUGAUAUAAUCCAGUACGAGGCAACACCGGGAGGGUGACAGCCACAGCUUGAAACGUGAACCGCAUCAGCAGCGUGUAGGUACGAACGUAGGCCUUCAUGGCAAAUUAGAGGCAAUGGUCAAACACUGCACGGCACUACUUGCAGGGGGCGAACAUGUACGUGUUGAGGGCAGAGCGUGAAAGAGUAUGCAAAUAGUAAUUAGUACAUAUAAAAGGGCUUCUGUAGCGGCCCUCGGAUCGAAAUCGAUUGAGGUAUGAUCGAUCGCCGCCGCCGUCGCCACCGUCGGCAGGCAAAAUGUAAAUAAUCAUUGAAGCAGAACGAUGAGAGAUAGAGAGAAGUACGAUGCUAAAGUAAGCACACAACAAAGAAAAACGAAGUAGAUAAAAGUAAUAUAAAAAAAACAUCAGAAUGUAAAAGUUAGCACGAUAGAGAUGACACUUAAAUAGAGAACCAUAGUAAGUGCGGCAAAGGGAAAAAAAGAUAAAAGGCAGCGAACAAGAUGAACGGAGACGAAUUGUCAAGCAAACUCCGUCGAAGCUCUGAUAAAAGGGAACGUACGUUCAUAUGGUAGCAGUGUCGUGUGCGCUGCCGAGUGUAAUUCAUAAGUCCUUUUUUUGUGGCCGUCGAACCACCGAUGAUCGUUGGUCGGCGUGUAACUUUUUUUCUCUUAUAUUUCCUGUUUUAUUUCAUCUUCACAUAAUUGUUCACUUUCUCACGUAUACUUUUUACAGUUCAGUUCCGCUACCGCUCGUUUGACAAUAUGUUGAAGCGAAUCUUGGGUUAUCGCCUUUUCCUUUACGAACGGUGUAAUAACCGAGCAAGUAAAUAUCCCAUGCAUCCCUGAAUUUGGGCAUUCGAAUCGAAAGGCUGUGGGCUUAUUUUUCGCAAAAAUUGGAUCCUCG